AUGGGUAACAAGGAAAGUGUUGAUGCUGCUGCUAAAUUGAAUGCUGAAAACUGGGGACAUGAGCGUGGCAGCCGUUAUCACGGCUAUCGUCACAAUCAACGUUCCCAGUCUUUAAAUCGUGGUCAAACUCUUUCUCAGGCGGACGUGACCGGGAUGUGGUGACAUCGGGGUGCAUCAGGUAAAGCUCAAACCGGCGGUGGCUG